CAUUCACUACACGUGUCUCAUUUGACGUUCGACUUGUCAGUGUAGAGUACAACUGUUUUGCUAUUUUUUGUGUAUUUUUCUUAAAAAUUUGUUUUGCUCUUCAGAAAGGAAAGGAUAUUAGCUGGCACAAUGACCACGUUAAAGGAAAGGCAAAUAGCGGCUAUCAAACAAAUGUUGAAUUUGAAUGCCGUGCAAAGUAAAUCUUUAGCUAAUGAACCCGUGUGGAAGGUUUUAAUUUACGAUAGAAUCGGCCAAGACAUUAUUUCACCAUUGAUUGCAAUACGUGAACUUCGUGAAUUAGGCGUGACGCUUCACAUACAAUUACAUACCGAUCGGGAUUCUAUACCGGACGCACCAGCCGUUUACUUCUGUGCACCGACCGAAGAGAAUUUAGGGCGAAUAUGUCAAGACUUUCAAUCGGGACUGUACGACGUGUAUCACCUAAAUUUCAUAUCGCCAAUAUCACGCCAGAAACUGGAAGAUCUGGCGGCUGCAGCACUUCAGGCUGGAUGUGUGGCGAACAUCCAUAAGGUCUACGAUCAAUACGUCAAUUUCAUUACAUUGGAAGACGAUAUGUUCAUUCUGAAGCAUCAAAACAGUGACUCGCUCUCCUAUUAUGCCAUCAAUCGGGCCAACACAAAGGAUUUUGAAAUGGAAUCCAUUAUGGACAGCAUUGUCGACAGUCUGUUCUCGGUAUUCGUUACGCUGGGAAAUGUACCGAUAAUUCGAGCGCCAAAAAAUACGGCCGCUGAAAUGGUCGCCAGAAAAUUGGAGAAGAAACUGCGCGAGAAUCUGUGGGACGCUCGCAAUAAUUUGUUCCACAUCGACGCUACACAGGCUGGUACAUUCAGUUUCCAACGACCUAUACUCAUUCUAUUGGACCGUAAUGUUGAUAUGGCAACACCGUUGCAUCAUACAUGGACAUAUCAAGCAUUGGCGCACGACGUACUGGACCUAGCAUUGAAUCGAGUGGUCGUUGACGACGAUGACAAUCCUGGACCGAACAGCGGUGCAAGACCAAAAAUAAAAGCUUGUGACCUGGACACAAAGGACAAAUUUUGGAAAACACACAAAGGUAGUCCGUUUCCAACGGUUGCCGAGGCCAUUCAAGAGGAACUGGAAUCGUAUCGCAGCUCGGAAGAUGAGAUAAAGAAGCUGAAAACUUCGAUGGGAAUUGACGGCGAAACCGAGAUCGCCUAUUCGCUGGUCAACGACAACACAGAGAAACUAACGAACGCUGUGAACUCGUUGCCCCAGUUGAUGGAAAAGAAGCGACUGAUCGACAUGCACACGAAAAUAGCCACGUCCAUUCUGAACUACAUCAAAUCGAGACGUUUGGACUCGUUUUUUGAAUUGGAGGAAAAAAUUAUGUCAAAACUGGCGCUGGACCGAACGCUGGGCGAUUUGUUGAAAGAUCCGGAAUUCGGUACGUUGGAGGACAAGAUGCGGCUGUUUAUCAUUUACUACAUAUGCACACCGCAUGUGCCGGAUGCUGAAUUUCAGCGGCUGGAAGCCAUACUCCAAGAGAUCGGCUGUGAUUUGUCACCAUUGCCGUACAUUCAACGUUGGAAGGGCAUAACGAACAGAUCUUCUGCUAUACCGAAUCAAUACGAAGGUGGCGGCACUAAGACAGUUUCAAUGUUCUCGAAAUUAGUGUCGCAAGGCUCAUCCUUUGUCAUGGAAGGCGUUAAGAAUUUAGUGGUUAAACGUCAUAAUCUUCCGGUUACCAAAAUCACCGAACAGUUGAUGGAAUGCCGGACUGGCGGUGAUCUGGACGAUUAUUUGUAUCUCGAUCCAAAAUUGCUGAAAGGCGGGGACGUUGUGCCGAAAAAUCGAGCCCCAUUUCAGGACGCUGUUGUGUUUAUGGUUGGUGGUGGCAAUUACAUCGAGUAUCAGAAUUUAGUGGACUUUAUAAAGCAAAAACAAUCAGCCAAUGCCACUAAGAGAAUCAUUUACGGUGCUUCAACUCUUAAUAAUGCCAAGCAGUUUCUGCGACAAUUAACGUUGCUGGGACAAGAAAUUAAAGAUGUGUAAUGGAAUUCCUGCAGAAUGUGCACCGCUUCUCUACUUGAAAAUAUAUGAAACGAUAAAAUA